UUGCCAACAUGGCGUGUGUCUGUCGUACACAGACAACUGUAGAAAUUAAUUUAGCUAGAAAACGCUAACUUGUUUAUUUUUUUAAAUUAUUAAUAAAGUUUAGCUUUGGAUCCUUUUCCCCCCCUGGUGUGUGGCAAUGGUUGCCAUUGCCAAUGUGAUAUUACAUGCGACGAAAUGAACGGGAAAGCAGUGAGUGUUUAACGUUUCGUUAGCUGGGUCACUGCCCGUUUUCUAUCUAGCAUUUCUGUCUGGGUUGAGUUUUUUUUUUGUCCCGGGUCUAAUCCUGAACUGGGUCGAAUGAAGACUGUGGGUGGUAUUGGUAACCCUGUCGAGCCCGUCAGCUGUUUCCUAGAAUGAAAGCUCUGAAGGACAACUUCUUCUACUCCAGGAUAGGAGCUGAUGGGGUGUUUGAAGAUGACCGGCAUGUUCUGGUGGAGGAACAGAAGUCAUGCAGGGCCCGAGCUCGCUGCUUCUCCCUGGAAACCAACCGACGAAGGAAGGUUCUGGAGGAGAGAAGGAAGCUGUGGGACGUCCAGGAACAGAGGCUGAGGGAGAGCAUCCUACAGCAACGUAAACAGAGAGUCCAGGAUGCUACCGAACGCUUCCAGAGGGCACAUCUGCCCCCCUCACAGAGACGCAGACAAUCUUUCAGGAAGAGCACCCUUAGUAUCGAGGAGGCACUUAAUCACAUACAAGGCACCUUGUCCUUGAGUUCCUAUACCAGACAAUCUCCCACCCCCGACAGGAGCUGCACUUCAUCCCCUAAGCCUCCCCCGACACCCAGCCCGUCUCUCCACCAGGGGACCCUGUCUGCCCUGGAGGCCUACAGCAAACUGAUGCAGGACAGAACCUUCAGCAGCUUCAAGAACAGGCUACUGUUCCUCAGCCAGCUCCAGGAGACACAGCUGAGGGACAGGGACGAUCUGCAGGACACACAGCCGAGGGAGAGGGACGAUCUGCAGGACACACAGCCGAGGGAGAGGGACGAGCUGCAGGACACACAGCUGAGGGACAGGGACGAGCUGCAGGAGACACAGCUGAGGGACAGGGACAAACUGCAGGUGACACAGCCGAGGGAGAGGGACGAACUUCAGGGGACACAGCUGAGGGACAGGGAGCGGGACAUGGUGUUCCUCAAUGAGCUGCAGGACACACAGCUGUGGGACAAGGAGACCUUUAGCAGUCCACAGCAUCAUAAUGUGACUCAGUCAGAGAGCCUGUCCAGUCUGGAUAGCUUGGAAAUGGAGGACGGCUUAAACCACAACAACACAGUACAGAGAGUCCACAGCUCUUGGUUAGGUCACCAGAGACACCCCAAUGGUCCAUCCUCUGACUUGUCCUUUUGUCCACCGACAAAGAGUUUCCUAAGUGGUAACCUCCUAAUCCAACAGGGCAAAGUUGAUGCUAGCCCUCAGCCACCCAGACCAAGGCAGACAGAGGAGUCUGUCGAAGAUUGUAACAGCAGACUGCACCAGCUCUCUCAGGCCACUGGGUGGCAGAGUUGUACAGACCAAUCAUCAUCACAGAGUAACACUAUAACCCAGCCCCCACUCCUCAGUGUCAGUCACCACAGCCUGCUAACUCUGAGUGGGAUUAUAGAUACAUCCUCAAUACGUUCAGAUAACGGUGACCAACACUCUCAGGAGAGGGAAAGUCAUCUGAGGGGGGACCACAGAGUCUCGGGGGUCGUAGCGUGCUCCAAGGCUUCUACCCCAGACAGAACGCUGCUAGAGUUCACCUCUUGUCUGAUCCCAGAGGGAAAGUUAGAAUUUAGGCAGCAGGUGAGAGACCCGGAGGACAAGUAUUCCAAACAACUGUCGGCGACACAGGUCCUUCUGCCUGGGAAAACUUGCAGCCACAAAGACCUUCUGUGUGAAGCCCUCUCCUCAAACCCUGAUCAUAUCCUCAGUUAUAACACUAAAAGUAGCUCAGGGGUCCGAGAGGACACGGCCAACAUUCAGCCAACAAAAAGCACACAACACCAGUCACACGGGAGCAAACCCAGUGUAGAAAAUGCCAUGAACAACCUCAACUCUGAGCCCAAAGCAGGGUCCAACUCUGAGCCCAAAGCAGGUUUCAACUCUGAGCCCAAAGCAGGGUCCAACUCUGAGCCCAAAGCAAUGCCCAACUCUAAACCCAAAGCAGGGUCCAACUCUGAGCCCAAAGCAAGGACCAACUCUGAGCCCAAAGCAAGGCGCAACUCUGAGCCCAAAGCAAGGCCCAACUCUGAGCUCAAAGCAAGGCGCAACUCUGAGCCCAAAGCAAGGCCCAACUCUGAGCCCAAAGCCGAGAGGUCUAAGAACACAGACCCUCUCAGUCAGACAUCGGGUCAUUGUAAUAUCAGGUCUGACUUCCCUAAAGGCCUAAAGAGCCUGCAGGUGGAAAUAACACCAACACACCUCCCAGAUACACCUCCAUCUCCUCCACCUGUAGCUGUGGUCAGCACAGCCACAGAUCAUAAAGGCACUGAAGUCCGAUGCAUAAAGGGAAUUCUUAAAAAACAAUCCAAAUACAGCGGAGGAAACGCUUGUUCUGGUAUCUAUAACGCCAGGCAUUUAAUAUCCACCAAACAAUUCACCAUGUCCAUCAGAGACAGUGUGGAACUGACCCGAAGGAAAGGCAAGGAUGCCGACAAGACGACCAAAAAGAAGAUACGCUGGUUUGACGAGAUACAUCUGGAGGAAGAGGAGGAGAUGGAACGGAGUCCUAUAACAAACAACAAGUGUGUUUCUGAGUAUCCACUACCUCCACAUAGACACUCAGCAUCAUCAGACCACCAACAGGGUCAGGGCCAGACGGUGGCCACCAACACCCCUCUGGCCUCCACCGGCUAUCACUUUACCAAGCAGGCCUGGGCAGAUGUCAGGGUCCAGGAGAGCAGGCUGCAGGGGCACCAGGGGAUCCAGGAGAGAGGCCAGGAGGCCAGGGAGGUCAAGGUCCAGGAGAGCAGGCUGCAGGGGCACCAGGGGAUCCAGGAGAGAGGCCAGGAGGCCAGGGAGACAAGAGUGGAAGCCAGGGAGGUCAAGGUCCUGCGGGGGAGAACCGUGUGCCCCAGAGUCCCCAGGAGAGUGAGAUCUGCCAGGGCAGGGAUGGAUCCUGUUUCGUCCCGCUCCAGAAAAGGCACGGUCAUCAGACCCCAAUCUGCUACGGAGGCCAGCAGCCACGUGGCCUGGGUGACCCACGGGAAGGUCAUGGUGCCUCGUCCCCCGCCACGUACUGAAACCAUGGAACCAAAAACACACACAAGAGAGACGGAUACUGUAGUAUCAUACACCAGCAAGAAUCCUUACAACAUGGAUCACUCUAAUGACACCACCAAGACUCCUUACAACAUGGAUCACUCUAAUGACACCACCAAGACUCCUUACAACAUGGAUCAGUCUAACUCUGCUGCUACUAAAGCAGGGAUUCCUGUAGAUGAGGCUUUGUGUAAUAAUAACACCCUGGACAGCCUCGCCCCGUCCCAGACCCGUACACAUGUCAUUAGGGCAGAUAGCAGCGUUAUUUCCAACCCAUCCAAGGCCACCCCCAUGUCAGGCCAGCAGGACGCCCAGGGAGAGGCUGCUAGAUGGGGGCUUCUGUACCAUGAGAAUGGCCUCUGUCUGGACCGUACUCCCACAGACGAGGAGAUCUCCCAGCUCUGGCAUGGAGUCCGUAGUGCCUUAGCCACCAAGGACGGUGACCCUGUAACUGUCCUGCCUCAAGCACGUGCCAACCUGUCUCGCGUUACUAUCAACGGGGACAGCCUGAUCAACGGAGUUAAAGCCAUCACCACGAUGGGGGACUUCUUCCUCUCCCCAACCAAUGUCAGGAGCGUGGUGAGGAGACAACCCCAGGAGAGUCGUGGUAGUGGGGCCAGGAGGAGAGGAACAACUGGCUCAGGGAACAGAAGGCUUCCUCUACCCUCCCAGUCUCAGGCCAUGGUGCUGAUAACACCAUUACACAGCAAACAUGACCUGACACAUCAACAUGAAGAGUAUGCAGAAGUGGAGGCCCACAGUGAAGGCCUGCUGGCAGACAGUGAUAUAGCCAAGGAGACGGUGCCAUCCCAGAGGCUAGAGCCAGGUGGAGGUCACAGCCAGCACCAGGGCCAAUCGAUCACUACCAGCCACAGCCAGGGGCACCAAGCCCGGGGGCACCAGGGGCACCAAGCCCGGGGGCACCAAGCCCAAGAGCAGGGCCAGGUCUCCACCAUCACCAACAUCUCCCUGGAGGAGCAGAAAGUGCUGCUGUCCCUGAAUCGACUCAAUCGUCGGCUGCAAUAUGUGCAGGCCUCAGCUGGAGGCAGCCCUGCAGACAAAGCUUUCCCGCGUGGUGAAGCGCCCUUUACAGAGGAAGGGACGGGUGCUGCCCACCGUAAACACCGCACGGUCUCCACCGACAACCGCCCGAGAACCCAGAGGAGAUUCUGACACAACGGUCCAAUAUGGCCGCCUGAAUGUCACUCUGUCAGCUUGUGCUUCACUCCAACCUUAUACACACACUGCUGUUUAUCUUUAUAAUGACCCUCCCCGAGUUUCAGCACCACCACUAACUCUCUCUGCUGGGAUGAAGACUUCACAACCCAGGACUGUGAAUAAGUCCAUUAUCAAAUUACAGUACUUAUAUUGACUUAUUUACACAUUAUAGUUUCAGUCUUAUAUACAGCCAGGCUUUGCUAUUUCGUUUUGGCCUUUAAUUGAUAGAGAUUAUUUUUGUAUUAAAUAAAUAUAUUUAUUUUCCCGAAAAAUUGUGCGGUGUGUGUGUGUACAUAUUGUACACAAUGAUUGUACACAAUGUAUUGUGUAUCGUAUUGGUAUCAUUGUAUUGUACACAAUGACACCAAUAGGAUUGUAUACUGAUGUGUGUCAGUGUGUAAACUAAUCUUGAUAAUGAUAAAGCAAAAUAAAGUCAUUCUGUCCUCA